AUGGCUAGACGUGUUAUUGAACAGCAGAAUGCAUUAUUGGCUACUUGUUUAGACUUUCAAGAUGUUACUCUUCCAAAUUUUGAAUUUUUGAAGAAAAUUUUGAAUAUUCUUCAACCAUUUGAAAUUAAAACAAAAUUAUUAUCUAACAGAAAUGAAUGUAUUAGUUCUGUAUUACCAACAUAUAAAUAUUUGCUUAAUUGUUUGGCAGAAAAUCCUUGUGACUCCUCAGAAGAAAGAUCUUUUAAAAGAACAAUUUCUGAUGGAUUGAGAUGCAGAAUGGAUGGAUUAAUUGAUAGAAGUUUUUUAAUUUUGGCAACACUACUCGAUGCUCGAUAUAAAAACCAAGCAAAUAUUUUUGAUUCUGACCAAAGAAUUCGAAAUAAAACUCUUUUGUUUGCAACUAUAUUGCCAGAUUUAGAUCCUGAACAAAGACAAAAUUUACAAAAACAUGCAUUUGACGGGACAGAUGCUAUGUCAGAAUUUUUGACGGGAUUUAAUGAGAUUAAUUCUAUGGUCCAAACAACUACAUCCAAUGUUGAAUAUUCGACAGUGGCAGAGGAAGUAGAAUCUUAUUUGGAGUCCUCAAUUGAAAGGAUUGGUGCUGACCCACUUGAAUACUGGCGAAAAGCAGCUAAUAGCAAUUCUUACCCAAAUCUUCGAAAAUUGGCUAAAAUUUUUCUUUCUGCUCCCCCUUCAAGUUCAGAAUCAGAAAAAGUUGUUUCUCGAUUGGUCGAAAACGAAGGUAUUGGAGGAGCCAGUUCUGCAAAUGGACAACUUGCUAAAGCCCAAAUAUUUUUGCAUUUUAAUUAUGAUAAUUAA